UCCAAGACACCCUCGGUAUUGGCUCUGAACCAGACUCAGCACUGCAAACAGCUGGAAGGGCUGGUGUCCUCCCAGGUCCAGCUAUGCCGGAGCAAUUUGGAGCUGAUGCAGACCAUCGUGCAGGCCGCAAGAGAGGCCAUGAAGACCUGCCGGAAGGCCUUCUCUGACAUGCGGUGGAACUGCUCCUCCAUCGAGCGGGCCCCCAACUACCUGCUGGACUUGGAAAGAGGGACGAGGGAAUCUGCCUUCGUGUAUGCCCUCUCUGCUGCUGCCAUCAGCCAUACCAUCGCCAGGGCCUGCACCACUGGGGACCUUCCUGGCUGUUCCUGCGGCCCCGUCCCAGGUGAGACACCUGGGCCCGGGUACCGAUGGGGAGGAUGUGCUGACAACCUCAACUACGGUCUCCUCAUGGGGGCCAAAUUUUCAGACGCUCCCAUGAAGGUGAAAAAAACAGGAUCCCAGGCCAAUAAGCUGAUGCACCUUCACAACAGCGAAGUAGGGAGACAGGCCCUGAGAGCGUCUCUAGAGAUGAAGUGUAAAUGUCACGGGGUCUCCGGCUCUUGCUCCAUCAGGACGUGCUGGAAGGGGAUGCAGGAGCUUCGAGAUGUGGCCCAGGACCUCAAGACCAAAUACCUGUCAGCCACCAAGGUGGUACAUCGACCCAUGGGCAACCGGAAACACCUGGUGCCCAAGGACCUGGACAUUCGGCCCGUCCUGGACACAGAGCUGAUCUACCUGCAGAGCUCCCCUGACUUCUGCAUGAAGAACGAGAAGGUGGGCUCCCACGGGACACAGGACAGACAGUGCAACAAGACGUCCAAUGGCAGUGACAGCUGUGACCUCAUGUGCUGCGGCCGAGGCUACAACCCUUAUAUGGACAAGGUGGUAGAAAGAUGUCACUGUAAAUACCACUGGUGCUGCUACGUAACCUGCAAGAAAUGUGAGAGGACCGUGGAGCGGUAUGUCUGCAAAUGAAGCUGGCAGCUGCCCGCCCAGGGCCCUGAGCGUGGCCUUAGCCUCGGCCUUGGUGCUCUCGGGGCAGGAGAGGUCCCACGGAGCCGAGCCCUGGCCUUCCCAUUUCUUGGCCCC